AUGCUUGCGCUGAGAGGCGAUCAUCUUCAGCCACAGCCACUCAUUGAUGCUCGCAGCCAAUCCGUGCUUUGCUGGAAUGGAGAGGCCUGGAAAAUUGCUGGCGAGCCUAUCUGUGGAAACGACACUGAAGUGAUCUUUAGGAAUUUUCUUGAAGCUACGCUAGAUCCUCCCACGGAGAAUGGAGGAGGGUUCCGUUCUGAGGAUGCCAUCCAAAAACUAACCAGCUUCAUUAGUAGCAUCUCAGGGCCUUUCUCUUUCGUAUUCUACGAUGGGUUGCAUUCGAGGCUUUUUUUCAGUCGAGAUUGUUUGGGGAGAAGGUCCCUUCUCCAAGGCCUUGAUGAGUGUGGCAAUUUCACGCUCUGCAGUAUCCCAGAUGGAACUUCUUCCGCAUCCUUUGAGGAAGUUGAGACUGACGGGCUGCGCAUGAUUGAUCUCCUGCGUAUUAAACAACAGGGUCUUCCUGAUCAGGCCAAGCGAAUAUCCUUCCAGGUGGACACUAUCCCUUGGUCAUACGAUGCUCCUGUUUCUCCUACGAAGAUCCUUAACCCCAUACCGGCAAUGAAUCGAGCAUUGCCAACGGGAGAGCCGCCUGCCCUCACGCUUGAUUCCUCUUGUGUCGAAAUUCUCGAACAGAAACUUCGCCGUGCCCUUGAACUGCGCAUUCGAAAUGUGCCACAACCACCGCAUACGGCGUCAGGGACAGAUGCCAAGAUUGCUGUUCUGUUUUCUGGUGGGUUAGACUGCACAGUUCUCGCUAGGCUGGCACAUGACAUCCUGCCAAUCGAUGAGCCUGUGGAUCUCCUAAAUGUGGCUUUUGAAAACCCCCGUGUCGUCGCUGCAUCAGCCAAGGACCGGACAAAGAAGGCGAGCUCGAUCUACGAGAGUUGUCCAGACCGUAUUACCGGUCGAGCGGGACAUGCUGAGCUGCAGAGAACCUGCCCUAAUCGCAAAUGGCGAUUCGUCGCCGUAAAUGUGCCCUACAGGGAGACGCUGGCGCACAGAGAUGAAGUGAAGCAGUUGAUGAAACCCCACAAUACGGAAAUGGAUCUCUCUAUAGCAUGUGCGCUCUACUUUGCUUCACGUGGUCAAGGUGUUGUCUCCGAGAAUCCAGAGGAUUGUGAUGGUGCAGCACAAUAUACUACCUCUGCCCGAGUGCUUUUAUCCGGCCUGGGAGCGGACGAGCUCUUUGCGGGCUAUACCCGUCAUGCCGCGGCUUUUGCUCGAGCCGGAUUCCAAGGUCUCAUCGAGGAGAUCGAUCUCGAUGUUGGACGGCUGGGGCAGCGGAAUCUGGGUCGCGAUGACCGAGUGAUUUCGAAUUGGGGCCGUGAGGCCCGAUAUCCCUACCUAGAUGAGGAAUUUGUCGCUUGGGCCACGAGGACUCCGGUGUGGGAAAGAUGCGGAUUCGGCACAUCCCAGCCAGUGAGUGGCAGUGAGAGUCAAGAUACCCCAGCAAAUGGUGCAGACAUCGCGGCGGAUCUUGAACCUGGAAAAAAAGCGCUGCGCCUGCUUGCUCUCAAGCUCGGCCUGAAUAAUGUCGCCCGCGAAAAGAAACGGGCCAUCCAGUUCGGCUCACGAACUGCGAAAAUGGAAAGUGGGAGAAGCAAAGGGACGCAUGUGCUGAACUGA